ACAAGGUUAGAAGCGUAUCGUUGCUACUUUGUCGACCUCAUGGAGGGCGUCUGCGCCCGCUUCGUCGAGCGCCACCGGCCGACGCUCAACUUCGCGCUGCUGGUGGGCGCCUACGCCGCCUACCUGCUCGUCGGCGCCGCCAUCUUCUCCGCCGUCGAGCUGCCCUACGAGCUCCGGCUCCGCGGAGAGCUGGAGGCCAGCCGGCGGGACUUCCUGGCCAACAACACCUGCGUGUCCGAGUCCGGCCUCCGCGAGCUGCUGGCGCGAGCGCUGGAGGCCAACAACUACGGCGUGUCGCUGGUGGGCAAGAGCAGCCGGCGCAACUGGGACUUCAUGUCGUCGCUCUUCUUCACCAGCACCGUGCUGACCACCACCGGUUACGGCCACACGGUUCCUCUUUCGGACGAAGGGAAGGCCUUCUGCAUCCUCUACUCCAUCCUGGGCAUCCCCCUCACCCUCUUCUUCCUCUCCGCCGUGGUCCAGAGGCUCAUGAUUGUGGUCACCCGCCGCCCCGUCGCCUACUUCCCGAGCCGCUGGGCCAUGUCCAAGGCCAAGUUCGCCGGCGUCCACGCGGCGGUCCUCGCCGCGGCGGUGGCCUUCGCCGUGUUCGUCGUCCCGGCGUGGAUCUUCUUCACCCUGGAGCCAGAGUGGAACUUCCUGGAGUCCCUCUACUUCUGCUUCAUCUCCUUGACCACCAUCGGGCUCGGCGAUUACGUCCCAGGCGAAUCUCACAGUAUGGACGACGGCCGUCAUUGGCAGCUCUACAAGUUGAUCAUCACUUUGUACCUGCUGCUGGGUCUGGUUUGCCUUCUGGUGCUGAUGGAGACGUGCGUGGAGCUGCCGCAGAUGAAGCGCCUGCGUCAGCGCUUCUACCGGGACGACCUCGCGCGCGAGCUGGACGGCGAGACGGCCAACAUCAUCGAGCGGGAACACUCCCCCGACGCGUCCGACCGCGUCCUCGCGUCCGUGUCGCAGCAGGCCGACACCUUGCGGGCCGGCGGCGGGCCGUACACGCUGGCGUCCGCCCUCGACGGGAAGCUCAACUAGCGCCGCGCAAUGUGAGGGUACGUGCAAAAUCAUGGACGUGACAAAAAAAGUGGGGAAAAGUGAAGGAUUUGUCAAUAACUUUCUGGAUCGGGGGGGAAACUGAACCAAAACUGCCCGAUAGUUGUGGCAGGUUUAUGGCAAGAAGGCUCUGUAACGUAACCAAACGUGGGGGAACGUGAGACGCUGUUACUAUUUUUUUUUUCUUCUGGCUUAUCAGAACAUUCCCCACAGAUAAGAACCUGGGCGGGAAUUCCGAGGAAGGGCUGCUACGCUUCCACUUCCUGUCAGCGCCACGCCUCAGCUUCAUUUAAAAACACCUAGCUGCUAAUUUAAGCCUUAACUCGAUUUACCAACCAAAAAUAUGACUGCAAAGUCAUAAUUCGGUUGAGCGCAGACCUCCCGCAAGGCCUGUUACGUACGUCUAUACGUUAGUUACUGAAAAGGAAGGCAGAAAAGCUUUCUGAAUAAUAUAUUCCGAAUAUUAUAGCGACUUUAAAAGGGAAGCGCAAACAAGUUGCCUCAAAGUCUGACUUAUUUUUAAUAGUUACAAAAUAGGUUAUAGAAGAGGUAGUAACGCUUGCAAUAAUGCAAAACUUUAACUUUUUAAGUCUUCCAAGUGCAAUAUAGGUUUGACCACCAGAGGGGAGCAUUUUACAAAAAAAAACUCGGCCAAACCCUUUUUUUCUGAGCAUAAAGUGGGUUUGCAGUUUUUGUUUUUUUUAAACUACCACACCCCCCCGCUGACUUUUCCCACCCCAAAAAUGUAAACAAACACACCUGAACAAAGUCCACCAAAGUGACCUCAAGCGAUCAAACACGGAAAACGGGCUAGCCGAGUUCCCGCGUACGCUACGCUAAACGGGCAUGCGUAACUCCAGCUCGGAAGCGGAACCCGCGCAGAUGUUUUCCUUUUCAACAGAACUUAAAUAUUUCUCCAAAUGUAAGUAAACGGAUGAGGCCUAAACGUGGGAUGUGGGUCGUCUUUGAUGGCUUCAGCGGUGACGCUUCGCCGUUCGCCUGGACCGGCAGCAGGCGCUCGGACCAGUUUUGCGCAUAUACUGGAUUGAAGAGGGCUUAUUAUGCAGAUGCCGCGACACUUUAAACGCCAUACGUGCGGGUGGCGACAAAAUUCGAUGCAAAACGCUCACAACGUGGACUCGUACGGCCCAGCGACCCCGCUGGAGACAAUUAGCCGCAUCCUGUAUGACCUCGCUUUUUUGUAUAUUUUGUAUCGAAUCGACAAAUAAAAAAAAAUAUAUGAAAAUA